CUCGGUAGACGCGCAUUUCCUUUCCCAUCCCAGACAAACGCCUCUGGAGGAUCUGCCCACAACGCCAAGCGCUCUAUGCCACGAUGCAUGCGUGAUACAGUACUGUUUGCAUCACUCACUGCUUGUUGCUUGUCAAGCUGCAGGACUAGCGCACGCGCAGUGGCAUCAUUGCCUGCAGCCUCCCAAGUUGACCCGUUGCGACAAGACCAGCUCCAGUCUGCGCGAGAUUGCAAAGCAGAGCACACAACGGACUCUGACUCUCUACCAUGAAACGAAUUGCCACGGCCGAACUCGGCCGUUACCUGCUUCAAGGCAGGCUUUCGACGCGAGGCUGCCUCAAAACCUCGCAACGUGCCGUAUGUCGACAGUCCUCCUUACAAACCAGCCUCGCCUGCGCUAGCCGCUCCCUCCAGACCGCGUCGACAUCGCAACACGCUGGGCCUCCCAUUGCGCCACUUCGAAAACAAUGGCGCGACGAAGCGAAGCAAGCAAAGAAGCAGGGAAAGGGCAAAGCAAAGAAAGACUCGCAAACGGUGGACGGGUGGGAGCUGACGGUGGGCAUUGAGAUACACGCGCAACUCAACACGUCCAAGAAGCUCUUUUCACCCGCUGUCACGUCCUUCAAUGACGAUCCGAAUAGCCAUGUCGCACUCUUCGAUGUGGCCAUGCCAGGGAGCCAGCCUCUCUUCCAGAACGAGGUGCUGAUACCCGCCUUGCGCGCUGCUCUGGCAUUGAAUUGCGACAUUCAGAAGACCAGUCGCUUCGAUCGCAAACACUACUUCUGGUGGGAUCAGCCGUCGGGGUACCAGAUCACCCAAUACUACGAAUCGUUUGCGAAGAACGGGCAGAUUACGCUUCUUGCGCGCGACGGCAUUGCGCCUCAGGAUGGAGACAGCGUCACUAUUGGCAUACAAAAGGUGCAACUGGAGCAGGACACAGCCAAGACACUGGCUCAGAGUGACGAUACCCAGCUAUUGGACUUCAAUCGCGUCGGUGUACCCCUGAUUGAAAUUAUCACCGAGCCGCAGAUGCACUAUCCUCGCACGGCUGCGGUCCUGGUUCGCAAGAUCCAGAUGUUGCUCAACACAGUGGACGCAUGUGUCUCGGGCAUGGAGACUGGCGGUCUUCGUGCAGACGUCAACGUUUCUGUUCGCAGAACAGGCGACCCGAAUACCCCCUUGGGCGCCCGUACGGAGAUCAAGAACUUGAGCACCAUCAAAGCGGUGGAGGACGCCAUCAUCGCCGAACGCGACCGUCAGAUUCGCGAGCUCGAGGCCGGCGGGACGAUUGCGGGAGAAACAAGGGGCUGGGCUGUCGGGUCGACGGAAACACGCCGCCUGCGUGGCAAGGAAGGCGAAGUGGACUAUCGCUACAUGCCGGAUCCUGACCUUGCGCCUGUCGUCAUUGGAGAGGACCUGGUGCAGCAUCUUCGACAAACAUUGGCCGUGUCGCCAGACAUGGAGCUGGACAAGCUGAUCGCUGAGUUUGGGUUGACGGCAAAGGACGCCGUUUCCCUACUCAAUUUGGACAACGGCGCACGUGUGCAGUACUUUUACAGGGUUCUCGACGGCCUCGAGACCAUGCUUCAAGCCAACGCUGGCGGGGAUGAUAUGCCUGCUCUGAAAAGCUACGCAGGUCUGGUGGGCAAUUGGACGAUCCACGAACUGGGGCGGUUGACGACAUCCAAGGCUGGACCGUUCAGUCAAGUGGAGCUCGACUUCACCCCGGAAGGCGAGUGCGCGCAGGUCCCGGACGCUGAGCUCUCACAACUGUUGUACCAGCUAUACACCAAACGCAUCACCGGCAAAGUGGCAAAGGAGCUCCUCAUGGGCCUCUACCUAGGCGAUCUCGACACCGGCAUACUGGAGACCAUUGAAUCGCGUGACCUCUGGUUCAAAGAGCUCAGCACGGAAGAGUACAACCUGCAGAUUGACGCUGUGUUGGAGGGCGAGGAAAGGGUAUUGCAUGAGCUUGUCACGGCCGGCGAGGUUCCGCAGGGGAAGGUCAUGUUCUUGAUUGGCAAGAUGAUGCGGUCCGGGCCGACGGAGAGGAUUGACCCAGCGACGGCCGAGCAGCUUCUGAGGACGCGUGUUUCUGAGCUCCGCGCUGGGGCGUGAUAGCCGUAGGCGGCUUGCGCGAGGUGCCCAGAAUUGUACGCGCUGAGCUACCAUCCACAGACAAUACAGAGCAGAGACCCCUUUGAAGAGUGAAGCAGUGAGCGUCGCUGGCGGUUGUUGCCGUUAUUUGAGGCUGCUGGCUGUUUCUGCCUACCUCCGAACAAUUGAGCAACUAAUUAGACUGGCUAUCGCUUUUUAGCGGUACCGCGAGUACACUUCAAUGCAAUGAGAGUGCUGAAGGCUGACGCUCGCCCACGACUUCACCGUCUCCUCCGACGUGUAUGAGACCAUGGCU